AUGGAGAUGCUAAGAUAUCGCAGCAUCAGGAAACUGACUCUACUUGACUCAGGAGAAUUGCCAUUCUUCCAACCACAAAGUGUAGAGGUUAGGGAUAAAACCUGGAGGGUGGCACCUGUACCUUCCAGGUUGCAGUGCAGAGCGGUUGAUAUUGGAGACAUCUCCCCUGCUGAUACAGAAAUGUUCAUGAAGGCUUUAAAUUCACCAGCUUGUGGCAUUCAGACUGAUCUUGAUGAUGGCCAUUGUCCCUCUUGGUCAAAUCAGUUAAGAGGCCUUUAUAACAUCUACCAGUUUGUACGUGGUAACCUUAGGGGUGUUCCAGUGAUGUCUGAUGCUCCAGUAAUCAUGUUUCGACCAAGAGCAUGGAACAUGUUUGAAUUUAAUAUGAUGGUUGGAGGAAAGGUGGUGCCGGGUCCAUUGUUUGAUUUUGGUCUUCACAUGUUCCACAACAGCAAACUUAUGAUGAAAGAUGGGAACGGUCCUUUCUUUUACUUACCAAAGCUUGAAGGAUCCAAUGAAGUGAAGUUGUGGAAUGACAUCUUUGUUUGGACUCAACAAAGGCUCGGAUUACCGCAAGGAUCUAUCAAGGCCAGUGUUCUGAUAGAGAGUAUCUUUUGUUCAUUUGAACUUGAUCAAAUCCUGUUUGAGCUGCGGCAUCACUCCGCUGGUCUGAACUGUGGCAUGUGGGAUUACUCCGCUUCUUUAAUUAGCAACUUUGGACACAGGGCCGAUUUCAUUUUGCCUGAUCGUAAGAAGUACGUAUCUAUGGACAAGCAGUACCUUAAAAGUUACAUGCAGCUGGUUAUUAAGACAUGUCACGCACGAGGGUGUCACGCAACAGGGGGAAUGGCGCCAGUUGUGUUACCGAAAGAUAAUCCGCAUCUUCGACAGCAAAUCACUAAUAAAGUCUGCAGAGCAAAACUGAACGAAAUCAAAGCAGGAGCGGAUGGAUUUUUAGUGUUUGAUCCUGAUCUUGUGCAGCCUUUGAUUCAGAUGUGGAAGACAGAGGUAAAUUCCAAGAACCAGCUUCAUGUAAGCCGUUCUGAACUGAUGGUCUCUAGAAACGACCUUCUACAACUACCAAGGGGUGGAUUCACCUUACAAGGAUUACAGGAUAACAUUACUGUCGGAAUCCUGUUCAUAGAUGCUUGGUCAAGAGGCCAGGGUGUGUUUGUGCUCAAUGGAGCUGUAGAAGACUCGGCCACAGCCGAAAUUUCAAGGUCACAGAUUUGGCAGGCAAUUCGCCAUCGGUGCAAACUGGAAGGAGAUGGCCUCAUAGUGACUAAAGCCCUCGUUUGUGGUGAAAUUAAACGUAUCACAGACGAGCUUGUCAGCCAGAAAUCUUACAACUCUGUUGAUACAGAAAGACUUACGAUGUCUGCUAAGAUAUUAGAGGAGCUCGUAUUGAAGCGAGACUUCCCUCAGUUUAUAACCACAUACCUCUAUGAACAUCAAGCGUUUAGGAACAGCUUGCAAUUAUAAGCAGUGAAUUAAAGGCAACUGAAGACUGAAAAACGGCUCAUUUCUUACGGUGGGCUGCAACGACGCAGGUUAUUAAGAUGAAAGGCCCAGAUCCGGUUGUUGGAAAGGCGGUGACUGGGAAAAAAAAAUGACACAAAAGAAAAAUCCGUGGGAAUUGAGAGAAUGGGGGCCGAAACUCUCCCUUCCCUUGGUUUCAAACAGAACGGAAGCGAGUUAUCAAGCAGUGAGUUUUUUUUCAUUCUGCCGUGCCUUUUAAUAGAGUAUUAUUUAAUAAUAUACUAUUUAUGGAUUUAAUGAUAUUGUUUUACUUUGAGAAAUUUAACAAAGAGCAACUAUUAUGAAGAUUAAAGAUGUUAUGGUA